UUUUUCCUUCUUUCUUUUCAGAAUUUUUUAAGUUUUUUUUUUGUAUCCCUUUUUUUAUUAUAUUAUUCAUUCUUUCAAAAAAAAAAAAAGACAUCAACACCAUUGCUCGUCAACAUGACUACUGAACAAAAGAAGCCAGAACAACAGAAAGAAGCAAAAGGUCAAAUAUCGACGCUGUUGAAUAAUUCAAGGCCAGUAAACGUAGAAACACCAAUGAAAGAAUAUUUACCAACACCCGUUACACCUGCCUCGGAAUUUGCUCAAUUCCAAAAUCAAAACAAUUCCUCUUCUUUUAGUACAUUUUCAGUGAUCAAGCCACCCAUCACUCCUAAUAACACCGUAAGAAUUAACCCAAUAGCUAUACCAACAGAAACAAAACCUUUUCCAUGUCCAGAAUGUCACCAAUCAUUCAGUCGUCCUCAUAACCUGAAAUCGCAUCUUACUACUCAUUCGUCUGAACGACCUUUUCAGUGUGAUGUAUGUAAUCAUCACUUCAGAAGACAUCAUGAUCUUAAGCGCCACCAAAAGUUACAUACUGGGGAGCGUCCUUAUGUUUGUAAAGAUUGUUUCCGCUCAUUUGCAAGACUAGAUGCAUUAAAUCGUCAUCGUCGUGCGGAAGGUGGCACAGCCUGCAGCGCGGUACAUCAACAGGUUAAACAAGACAUAGAAAAUGCUCCAAAUAGUAACGCCACUUAUCGUGUUAAUAACAAUCACAAUACCAAGUUAAAUACAAACAAUACCAGCACUACGAAUGUACCCUCCUCCAUUGUUGAGACAAAGACACCUAUACCAUCUCCCGCUACGCCAACAGCCAAUCGACCUGUAAUUCCUCAAUUACACAUUCCUCAUCCUGCUUCACACCUCUAUCCUAAAGAUUACCAACCACCACCACCAAGCGCCUCACCGCCACAACAGCAAUCACAAUCACAGCAACCGCAACAUCAACCACCACCACCAUCACAACAACAAUCACAACCACCACAACAGCAUCAACCACCACCACAACCUCCUUUGUUGCCUUCACCAAGUGCUUUAUCAACUCUUCCUAUUGCCAAUAACAACAAUUUGACACCUAUUGCUUAUCAAUCAAAAAGUUUACCAAACACGCCAUCAUCGCCUCCCUCAACGCAACAGAAUAAAUCACCUGCACCAUAUUAUCCUCACGCUUUUCAACCAUGGUCACCUUAUCGCUCUAAUAACAGCAACACAUCACCUGCUCCCACACGACCUACAUUACCACCUUUAGGCUCCCCACCUACUGAAGCCGCGUCUAAAAUAGAACGUCUACAACAAGAAAAUGAAGAGCUUAAGCGAGACAUUGAUCAAUUAAGAGCCAUGGCACAAAAAGAAGCCGCUUCUCUCAAGUCUCGUGUUCAUGAUUUAGAAAUUGAGGUAACUAUAAUUAAUUUUUUUCUAAGAUUUUCUGACUCUUGUAUUAUAGAACAAAGUGCUACGAUCCUUAAUUCAAAAUCCUUCACAUACCGACGAUAAUACGAUUGUUGGUAAAAAGCGUAAAAAUAGUACUUCUUCAGAAACUAGUUAUGAUGAAGAAGCUAAUGCAAAAAGUCCUUGUCUUCGGUAACUAUCAUUUAUUCAAUAAUAAAAAAAUGUUUGAUUGUCAUACUAUCGAUCAGCAGGUUGCUUCCAUUUAGUCAAAAUUGGCGCACAAGCGACUUUCUAGAUUCAAAAGUGGCUUAAAAAAAAAAGAGAUUAGAUAAAUUAAGUUUCUCUUGGCGCAUUCUAAACUUGGUUAUAAAAUGAUUUUUCAUUACUACUUUCUGUUGUGGCGAAACACCCCUUUAACAAAAUAACGCUAACCAAAGAGAAUACCAU